CCAUUCUAUGCGCUGCACCUAUCAACAGAGCGAACUGCUCCACGCAAUACCGGCGCUGCGCUCCGUCUCCCCCCCCCUGCCCUCUCAAUGAUCCACUUCUGCACGCCAUGCCCCCCCUCGAAGUUGGCGACUAUGUCUGCACCGACACCUGUCUCGGACGAGGCACUAACGGCACCGUAUAUCAAGGAUACCACAAAAAGACCAGGGAACCCGUGGCCAUCAAGGUCGUCUCUCUCAACAUGGACAGGCUUCACUUCAAGUACCUACUACAAGAGCGCGAAAUCCUCAAAAAGCUAGACCACCCAAAUAUCGUCAAGUUGUACCAAGAAUAUGAGGUGGGUCAACAGCUGUAUUUGAUAAUGGAACUGAUGCUGGGAGGGGAGCUGUACAACCUAAUAUACAGGAAGAAAGGCCUCGCCGAACCUAUAGCGAGGAAGUUCAUGUGCCAGCUGGUGAGCGGUCUGAAAUACCUCAACGACCGGGGAAUCGUGCACCGCGACCUGAAGCCGCACAACCUGUUGUUGACCAGCGCUUGCGAGACCUCUUCCACGCUGAAGAUAGCUGACUUCGGAUUCGCCAGGUUCACCUCCAGUCUGAUGCAAACGCGUCUGGGCAGCCCUCUCUACAUGGCACCCGAGCUGCUGCUCAUGAGCGGACCGGCCACAUACUCGUCCAAGUCGGACAUGUGGAGCGUCGGCGUAAUUUUCUGGGAGAUGUUGACGGGCCGCCGUCCUUGGGCGGAGGCGGGAGACAGCGAAGCAACGCUUCACCAGCUGGUCAACAAACAGCGCCUGGCGCUGCCCAACAACAUAUCCCAAGCGGCCAAAUCCCUGUUGAGAAGGCUGUUGGAAAAGGACCCAGCGAAGCGAAUAUCGUGCGAAGAACUUUGCUUCUGUGAAUACGUGCAACCGGCGAAGGUAGCAGCAUCAAUCAUAGACAACAAUGAAACGUGGCUACAGGAAGUGAUAUCAUUCGAAAGGGGCGCAUCUCAAUCCCUUUACGUCACGCCCGACUUCUCCAUAAGCGAGUUCAAGGAAAGAAUAUCGAAAAUGUGGCCUAACGCGAGCAACAAACCACUCCUUCUUCUUGACCCAAUGGGCUCAGAACUUAAAGAAAACCUCACGUUUCGUCACUACGACCUCCACCUCAGGCCAAAACCCCUUUACUGCGUGGAAAGGGAGAGUCUGUACGGGAAUCCAGAAGUGGACUCCAGAAUGUACGCCAUACAUCAGAUCAAAGUCGACAAACUAGAAACAUUCGAGGACCCCCAGCUCUCCCCCUCAACCCGCGCCAAGAUGACCUACAAAUUCCUCAGAGAAUACAGCAGCAAACUAGCUCUUUACGCCGACGCCGUAAGGAAGGAACUGGCAACCGUUUAUGCACUGACCAUUUCCUCAUGCGCCCUCCAGCAAAAAGCCUGGAAGGUCGUUUGCAGCUACAUCUACUCCAGACGGAACGAUUGCUUGAACCUCUGGAAAGAAGAAAUAGAAGGCGAGAUAAGAAGAACCCAAAGGAAGGCCCAAGACCUCAAAGAACGCCUAUCAUCCACCCUUGUCUCCAUCAAGCAAAUCGACUUCGCUGAACUUUAUGCUCACCCCAGACAACCUCGCCAUCUAUUCGACAUGGUCGACUACGACGAAAUACAACGCGAUAGUCGACGAAUCAAGUCAGACGUGGAAUACCUCGAAGAACAAGAACAAACGGCCUAUCGACUCCAAAGUCGCCAGCUUUUAAUCGAGCAGAACCUGGACCCCGUUUUGUCUCAACUCCCCAUCUCCAGACUCCAAAAAUGCACCAAAGUGCUUCACCAAGCCAAAUACGGCCUGGAAAACUGCCGUCGCGAAUUCUAUUCCAAGUGGGCAAACGAAAAAGUUCAAGAGUGGAUCGCAUCUCGAUUUCAGCACUCCCUUGAACACGAUCUCCCUGACUCAAACCAGGUGUGGGACUGUCUAAACGCGUGCGAACAAUCUCUCCAAAAAUUCCUCGAACAAGUCAAAUCCGCCAGAUUAGCCAUGAAAGACUGCAUCGAGCUGAAACGACAAAUCGACUCUCGAUACUUUCAUGCACUCAUCUCCACUCAACCCUACAGGUCCGAAAUCGACGCCUUUCACUCCAGCUGGGAGGCGGAAAUCAAACCUCGACUCCUCGGACUCCAUCAAACCAUUCAAUCCCUUUCCCGCCUUCUGGUCCUUCCAAAAAACUACGAAAACGCCGUUUCUGAAACCAAAAGAAGAUGCCAAUGGUCUAAAAAAAUAGACGAGCAAAUCAAAGCUCUGAACCGACACUUUGAUCGUGCUUUGAAACUAGAAAUUCAAGAAAGGGAAAUCUUCUCCAGAUCUAUCGAUCCCUAUGCGUCUCGCAUCUUCGAACCCAUCUUUCCCUGGCUCUUCUCUACCUCCCCAUUUGCUAAAUUCUAUAUUGACUUCCAAUGUCUAGAAAGCCUCCCUUCUUCUACCAGCAACUCGGAUCAAGAGGUGGUCGUCUCCCCUGAUGCCACCCAACAGCAACAGCAACCCAUUCCCCCACACAUCUCUGAACAAGACUACCAGUCCCUCGUCGACCGCUACCUCGCCCUCAGCUCCUCCUUUCUCUCUCUGAAAGACUCUGAAAAUACCCUCCGGCGCGAGCUCGACGCCCUUCGCGACCAACUUAAACACAAGCCCUGGGAAAAAGAAAUCCAAACCCUCAAACAAAAUAUUUCCCUCCUCGAAGGACAAAAACACUUCGAAGACUUUAAACGAGAAAACCUCGAGCUCAAACUCCAACUCGAGCAACUCUCCAAACUUAAAACCGUCAAUGCAAAACUGCGCGAAGAUCUCCAGGGCGCCGAAAACCUAGUUAACCAACUCCUACAAGAUCGACCCUCAAAAUCUUAAAAAAAAAUAUAAAACACUCUAAACCGCUCUAUCCAAUGCUAAACACUCUUAUUUGUCAUAAUCAACCAACGCGUGUCGACACAGCCAAUACCUGUCAAAACAGUCACAUGUGUCAGCUGUCAAAAGCGAUCAAUAUCUGUCAAAAAAAACUGUAACUAAUCUAUAUCAAUUAUCGAAGUAAU